GGAGGGAGGAGGAGGAGGACCAGGAGGGAGGAGGCGGCGGCGACCACGACGGGCUUGCCAGGAUGGCGACGGUGGUGCUGGAACCCGAGUCGGAGCCGUCUUGUAGCCUUCCCAGCGCGGUGCCCCCUUCGCCGAGCCUGUCGCACCGUUUUCUCGACAGCAAAUUUUAUCUGCUGGUCGUAGUGGGCGAGCUGGUCACCGAGGAGCAUCUGAGAAGAGCCAUAAGCAAUAUAGAGCGAGGUAUCCGAUCAUGGGACACAAACCUCAUUGAAUGCAACUUGGAUCAAGAACUUAAACUUUUUGUAUCUCGCCAUUCAGCUCGAUUCUCUCCUGAUGUGAGAGGUCAGAAAAUCCUUCACCACAGAAGUGAAGUUUUAGAAACCGUUGUGCUGAUUAAUCCUUCAGAUGAAGCAGUCAGCACUGAGGUGCGUUUAAUGAUAACAGAUGCUGCACGACAUAAACUUCUGGUACUAACUGGGCAGAACUUUGAAAAUACAGGCGAACUCAUUCUUCAGUCAGGAUCUUUUUCAUUUCAGAAUUUCAUUGAGAUCUUCACAGACCAAGAGAUUGGAGAAUUAUUAAGCACUACUCACCCUGCCAACAAAGCCAGCUUAACACUUUUCUGUCCUGAGGAAGGGGACUGGAAGAAUUCAAAUCUUGACAGACACAACCUUCAAGAUUUCAUCAACAUUAAGCUGAAUUCUUCUUCUAUUUUGCCUGAAAUGGAAGGGCUUUCUGAAUUCACAGAAUACUUGUCAGAAUCAGUGGAAGUACCAUCACCAUUUGAUAUUUUGGAGCCACCAACAUCAGGAGGCUUUUUGAAACUUUCUAAGCCUUGUUGUUACAUUUUCCCAGGUGGAAGAGGAGAUUCAGCACUGUUUGCUGUGAAUGGGUUCAACAUGCUUAUCAAUGGAGGAUCAGAGAGAAAAUCUUGUUUCUGGAAACUCAUCAGACAUUUGGAUAGAGUAGAUUCAAUUUUGCUCACUCACAUUGGAGAUGAUAAUUUGCCAGGAAUUAACAGCAUGUUGCAACGGAAAAUAGCAGAAUUGGAAGAGGAGCAGUCUCAAGGCUCAACUACCAAUAGCGACUGGAUGAAAAAUCUAAUUUCACCUGAUUUGGGAGUUGUAUUUCUUAAUGUUCCUGAAAGCCUAGGAAACCCUGAUCCUAAUUUGCAAUUAAAAAGAAGUGUAGAAGAAGCUUGUUUUACGUUGCAAUACUUAAACAAGCUAUCCAUGAAACCGGAACCUCUCUUCAGAAAUAUAGGAAACAACACUGAACCCAUUAUCCUUUUUCAAAAAAUGGGUGUAGGGAAACUGGAAAUGUAUGUGCUUAACCCAGUCAAAAACAGCAAAGAAAUGCAAUAUUUUAUGCAGCAGUGGACAGGUACGAACAAAGAUAAAACUGAACUAGUAUUACCAAAUGGUCAAGAAAUAGACAUCCCAGUUUCCUACCUAACUUCAAUCUCAUCAUUGAUUGUAUGGCAUCCUGCAAACCCUGCUGAAAAAAUAAUCAGAGUUCUUUUCCCAGGGAACAGUACACAGUAUAGCAUAUUAGAUGGCCUAGAGAAGCUCAAACAUUUGGACUUCCUUAAACAACCAGUAGUGACACAAAAAGACUUAAGUGGUAACCUGACAAGUCCAGCAGUUAAGCAGACAAAACUGAAGCAGAGAACAGACAGUAAAGAAAGUCUCAAGCCAAUCACUAAAACGCUGUCUACAAAGACUGUCAGAAAAGAAUCAAGAGAGGAGGCCUCUGACACUGGGAAAUCUAGCCCACCAGAAAAGGCUCAAAAAGCAGAAAAACCCAUCAUAAAAAAGGAAAAACCAGCAAAAAGUGAAAGUAGGCUUUCUGUGACUGAAAAGGACCUAACAGCAAAGGAGCAACAAAUUGUGAAAUCUGAAACUGUUGAAAAACAAGCCACUGAUGUGAAACCAAAAGUAAUAAAGGAGAAGCAUGUGAAAAAGGAAGUGAAAGUAAAACCAGAAGAAAAACAAGAGGAGAAAGAAAAGUUAAAGAAAGAGGUGCCUAAGAAGGAUGAAAAAUCCCAGGCCAGGAAAGAGGAAAAGCCUAAAAAGGAUGAUUUGAAGAAAGAAAUAAAGAAAGAAUCUAAAAAAGAGCCAAAGAAAGAAGCUGCUCCAAAAGAAUCCAAAAAAGAAGAGAAAAAGGAAGUAAAAAAGGAAGAAAAGAAAGAAAUCAAGAAGGUUCCUAAGGAAAUAAAGAAAACCUCUGCUACUUUGCCUGAAUCAAAGAAGAUUACGGCAAAGUCAAAACCACAGAAAAAGGAAGAACCCGUCAAAAAAGAAAGCGGACUUGCUGGGAAACCCAAAGAAAAAGUUAAAAGCAAGCCAGUGAAGAAAGAACUCAAAGUGGCUGAAAAAUCAGCUGCAGCAGUGACUGUUUUGGGAGCUGGGGCUGCAACAGUAGCAGCUGUAAGCCUAGCAGCCAGUGGGAAAGAACUUGAAGUCGAGAGGUCACUUAUGUCCUCACCAGAAGACUUAACAAAAGAUUUUGAAGAAUUAAAAGCGGAAGAAGUUGAAGUAGUGAAAGAAACACAGGAAGAUAAAGUUAAAAAUGAAAGCCAGCUAUCUGAUAUAGAACAAAAGGAAGAUUAUACAGUUCAAAAAGAAAAAAUAGAAGGCCCAACUCAUUCUCCUGAUGAAGAUAUCACCGCUGUAGAACCUGAGGGAGAAUGUGAACAAACUCCCGAAGAGCUGGAGUCUGUGGGAAAGGACAAGGUUGAUGACAGUGAAAAAUUUGAAGAGGAAGGAUUAGGAUUUGAAGAAUCUUCUGAGGCAGGUGACUAUGAAGAAAAGGCUGAAACCGAGGAGGCAGAAGUACAAGGGGACAAUGAAGAAGUGCCAACAGGUUUCAAAAAGCAAGGCAUAAAGGAUGUCAUUGAAACAGAGGAGAUUGAAAAAGAAAUGAUAGAAGCCCCUGAAAAUGAAAAAAUGAAAGGGUUAAUGUAUGAUAAAAAAGCAGAAUUUAGAAUGGAGUAUGAGGAUCACUAUGAGGCACAUUUAGAGGAAACAGCAGUUGAAAAGGCAGAAAUGGAGGACACUGAAGAAGAAAUUGAAGAAGACAAAACUGAGGAGGUCAAAGAUGAAGAGGAAACUGAAAAAAUACAAGCUGAAGGAGAUUAUGUCAUGGCUGUAGUAGACAAAGCAGCUGAAGCUGCUGAAAUAGAUGAUAAAUAUGGUUUGCCUAUAACUACUCCAACUAAAUUGUCAGAAUCUUCAUCUCCGGCAAAGGAACCAGCCUCUUCAAUCCAUGAUGAAACUCUACCUGGUGGGUCAGAAAGUGAAGCAACUGUUUCAGAUGAAGAAAACAGAGAAGACCAGCCGGAGGAGUUCACUGCUACUUCAGGUUAUACCCAGUCCAUUAUUGAAAUAUCGAGUGAACCAACUCCAAUGGAUGGAAUGUCAACUCCACGAGAUGUAAUGAGUGAUGAAACUAAUAAUGAAGAAAGUGAAUCUCCUUCCCAAGAAUAUGUUAACAUCACUAAGUAUGAAUCAGCACUGUAUUCUCAAGAUUUUGCUAGACCUAAAGUUGCUGCUCUUCCUGAUGCUUUUAAUGGAUUAUCUGAAGGAUCAAAAACAGAUGCAACUGAAGGCAAAGACUAUAACGUUUCAGCUUCUACCAUUUCACCACCUUCCUCGUUGGAGGAAGAUAAAUUUAACAAAACCUUCCAGGAUCUGUAUCAUCUUCGGGAAAAUGAAUUCAAAACUAUUAAUAAAUUAGAAAUUUCAGAAACUUGGGAUGAGAAGGUUAGCCCAACUACAGAUGAAAGUCCAGCCCCACUAUCACCAGUUGCUAAAACACCUCUUAGUGAACGUAGUGUGAACUUUUCCCUAACUCCUAAUGAGAUCAAAACAUCAACUGAGCCUGUAUCUCUCUCAACACUGCCAGAAAAACAUCAUGAAACCCAGGAAGAGCAGUGUCCCAGCCCUGAUGAUAAAACAUUAGAAGUGGUAUCCCCUUCACAAUCAGCUGCUGGAAGUGCUGGUCACACUCCUUAUUAUCAGUCUCCCACUGAUGAAAAGUCAAGUCAACUUCCAACUGAGAUUCCUGGAAAGACAAUUGAGGUACCAAUCAGUGUUGAAGUUAGUGAUGCCAAAGACAAUGUUGCAAAACACAGAAUAAGCCCAAUGGAUGAACCAGUGCCUGAUUCUGAGUCGCCUUUUGAGAAAGUGCUUUCACCUUUACGAAGUCCACCACUUAUUGGUACAGAAUCUUCUUAUGACACAUUUUUAAGUGCUGAUAUAAAAUCUCUCAAAGAAACUGAAAUUGCCUUUGAAAAGAAUAGUGAAACAGAUGAUUCCAUGUUGCAGAAGAGCUCUGUUUCUGAAGUUACUUCGACAAAUAUUUUCCAGCAGGAUGAAAACGAUUUGGAGCUAACAACUGCAAAAUCAGACAGUCUUCUAGAAAAGAAAAGGGAUGAUUUAGAAACUUCAGAAAUUCAAUCUGCAUUAGUUUUGGAUGAGAGGAAGCUGGCAGAGGUUUCUCCUACUCAAGUGGAUAUUAGUCAUUUAGGCUAUUUCAAAGAGGACACUAAAAUGUCAAUAUCUGAAAGUACCGUCUCUGAUAAAUCUGCAACUCCUGUAGAUGAAGUUGUAGCAGAAGAUACUUAUUCACAUAUUGAAGGAGUUGCAUCUGUUUCCACAGCAUCUGUUGCUACUAGUUCAUUCCCAGAACCGACCACUGAUGAUGUAUCUCCUUCGUUACAUGCUGAGGUUGGAUCUCCUCACUCUACCGAAGUUGAUGAUUCUCUUUCUGUGUCUGUUGUACAAACACCAACUACAUUUCAAGAAACAGAAAUGUCUCCAUCUAAAGAAGAAUGUCCAAGACCAAUGUCUAUUUCUCCACCAGACUUUUCUCCUAAAACAGCAAAGUCAAGAACACCAAUACUAGAUCAUAGAUCUCCUGAACAAUUGACUAUGUCAGUAGAAUUUGGACAAGAUUCACCUGAACAGUCUUUGGCCAUGGAUUUUAGCAGACAGUCACCUGAGCAACCCAUAGUAGGUGCUGGUGUGCACCAUAUAUCUGAAAAUGGUCCCACUGAAGUUGAUUUUAGCCCUUUAGACAUGCAGGAACAUGAAUUUCCAAAUAAAAUAUCACCAGUGGAACAAGUAUGUUUUAGUCAUGAGAAGGAUAUUUCAGAAAUUAUUUCAGUUUCUCAGAUAGAGGCUUCACCUUCACCUUCUACUUCCUCUGUCCAUACACCUUCACAGGCAAGUUCUCCCCUGCAAGAAGAAAUCUUAUCAGCUGUUACACAGUCUAGUGAUAUGCCAUUACAUUCUACAUUUCCAUCAGACAAAAUGCAAAGCUUGGGAGAGAAACUCUCACCAAAGUCUGAUUUAUCUUCAUUGACACCACGGGAAUCUUCUCCUUUAUAUUCACCUAGUUUUUCAGAUUCACCACCCAUAAUGAAAGAAACAAUGGCUGCUUCUCAGUCAUCUCUAUUAUCGCUGCAUGUAUCCCCAGACAAAUUGUUUGGCUAUCAUACAUCAGUAGUUCAAGAUCCUGAGAUAAAACAUGGCCAAGAGCUUUUAGUAUCUAAGGAUCAGGAAGAUACCGAAGAAACAUCCAUAUCACCAGAACCACUUAUUUACUCCUAUAAGGAAAGUGGAAGAACCACUAGGUCACCUGAGACUAUUAGUUAUUCCUAUGAAAAAACAGAGGAAGUCACUGAAUCCCCUGAAACUUUUGAUUACAAGUAUGCUACAACAAAGGAAAUCACCAGAUCAAUAGAAACAGAUAGUUAUUCUUAUGAAACAACAGAAAAACCCACCAAGUCACCAGAAGCCCUUGAUUAUUCUUACGAAAAAUCCACAAAACCGUCGGACUCUGUCCAUUAUCCUUUUGAGUACGCAGAGAAAGCUACCAAAUCACCUGACAUUUCAAGUUAUCGCUAUGAGAAUGACAAAUACUUUGUUUCAGAAAAAUCUGAAAUCCGCCAAGAUGUUGAUUUAUGUCUUGUCUCAUCCUGUGAAUACAAGCAUCCCAAAACAGAACUGUCACCUUCUUUUAUAAAUCCCAACCCUUUAGAGUGGUUUGCAACUGAGGAACAAUCUCAAGACCAAGAAAAGCUGUUAAUUCAGUCUGGAGGUGCUCCACCACCCUCGGGAGGAAAACAGCAAACUCGCCUGUGUGGUGAAACACCCCCAACUUCUGUGAGUGAAUCUGCUCCAUCACAGACCGACUCAGAUGUACCCCCUGAGACCGAAGAGUGCCCUUCCAUUACAGCAGAUGCUAACAUUGACUCAGAAGAUGAAUCUGAAACGAUACCGACAGAUAAAACUAUUACAUAUGAACAUAUUGACCCACCCCCAGUCCCUGUUCAAGAUCGCAGCCCUUCACCUAGGCACCCAGAUGUCUCCAUGGUAGAUCCAGAGACAUUACCCAUUGACCAGAACCUAGGGAAGCCUUUGAAAAAGGAUCUGAAAGAAAAAACAAAAACAAAAAAGCAGGGGACUAAAACCAAGUCUUCUUCUCCUGCCAAGAAGAGUGAUAGCAAACCUAAGCAAGUGGCCUCUCCAAAGCCUGCUGGCUUGAAAGAAUCACUAGAUAAAGUUUCCAGAACAGCUUCUCCAAAGAAGAAGGAGUCUGUGGAAAAAGCUGCCAAAAAUAUCUCUACUCCAGAAAUAAAAUCAUCUCAUAAUGAAGAGAAAGAUAAGGAAACUAAGAAUGCAGCCAAUUCUACAACAUCAAAGUCAGCAAAAACUACAACUUCAGGACCUGGAAAUGGGAAACCAACAAAAUCUAUAGCUGUGCCUCCAGGACCUCCUAUGUAUUUGGACCUGGUCUAUAUCCCCAACCACAGCAAUAGCAAGAAUGUUGAUAUAGAAUUUUUCAAGAGGGUGAGAUCAUCCUAUUAUGUUGUGAGUGGGAAUGAUCCUGCUGCUGAAGAACCAAGCAGGGCUGUCUUGGAUUCCCUGUUGGAAGGCAAAGCUCAGUGGGGAAGCAAUAUGCAGGUGACAUUAAUCCCAACGCAUGAUUCAGAAGUGAUGAGGGAAUGGUACCAAGAGACCCACGAGAAACAACAGGAUCUUAACAUCAUGGUUUUGGCAAGCAGUAGCACUGUUGUUAUGCAAGAUGAAUCUUUCCCUGCAUGCAAGAUUGAACUGUAAAAAAAAAAAAAGCAAUGCAUUUCAACUUUAAACUUUGUUUCCAGAAAUUCUUGAAUUUGAAAAUACUUUUUCUAAAAAUAUAAUCCAUCUAAUUCAGCUGCUGAACUAUAUAUACCUGCCAAAUGCUAUAUACUGUAUCAGAGUGAUGCAAGUCACUAUUUUUUUUUCCAGUCUUUGCUAAUUGCUAAGGGAAAUAACAGUAUUCCCACCAUAGGGUUCAAAUUACUGCAAAACCUGCAGAUUCAGGUUCAUCUUCAUUGAACACUAGGAAACCAUGCACUAGCAAACACUGCUGACUUAUGCCAGGUUGGGGGCCUUUGCCCUUGGAAGAAACAGAGAGAAAAAAGGUGGAGAGAGAGGAGGGGAGGGGGAAGAUAAGUUGGAUGGCGUAGAGGUGAAUAAAAUAAUUAAUUCCUCAUUAGUUACAAAGCAGUCAGUGACUUACCUCCUGCAGUCUAGCAUCCUAGAGAAAGAAAGAUUUGGGUGUUGUUUUUUUCCAGAGUAGGCAUAUUUAAUUUAGUGGCAUCUUAGCUAGAAUAUUAAGUGAAACAGAAUGUGGUUUUUGAAGGAACAUUGCAUUGGAAACACUUACUAUUGGCAACUUCCCAUUCAGUGUUUCAUUGUCACGUAACACAGUUCUCUUAGACAAAAUAUGCAUGUAGUUUGAAUUCCAUUCAGUUUACCAUGCAGACAUGUUGGUCUAAGGCAUGCUCCCAACGAAAAUUUAGAGUUCUUUCAAAUUUGACAAACUUGCAUGCUAAAACACCUGGGUCACUGACAAGUUUACUGAAGCAAAAUACCAAAGCAGUUGGGAGUUCCUAUGGUAGACAAUUUGCCUUAGAAAGUGACUUGAAUGUACAAAGAUACUUGAUGCACUUAUUUUUUAAUGCAAGAUAGCAAGUUUAUAAAACAUCUGUGUAGGAUUAUAGUUACACCAAUAUGGAACUAUGCGUGUGCUACUGGAAAUCUCUCUGAUUGGUCAAACAGCUUGGUGCUAUGAAUUAUGUAUGUAAGUUGAACACUUCAUUGGUGCACCUGAACAGCAAACCUUGCUUGAAGUUAUUUUUUCCCCCUCUCUUUUUUCCUGCUUCCUGGAAGCAUGGAAGAAGAGGUGUUCAGUACCAGAAAAUCAAAAUUAACAAAAAUAUAUGGGAUGUUACAAAAAGGUUGUCUACUCAUCUGUACAGUCUCUGAAGCUUUCUUUUGUCUUACAUUAGUUUGACUGUUAAUUUAAGAGUGAAUAUAGGGACAAAUGUACAGAAUUUUUUAAACUGUGCACAGACUUUUAAUAGAUGAAUUUUUAAACAUGUUUUGUUUACAGGAAAAUGCAGAAAAAAAAAUCAGGUGAAGGCUAAUUUUUAGUAGUUUUGUAAGACAACACAUAGUGUUAUUUUGAGUUCUGGUGAGAAUGAAGUAUGAUAAAACAGUACCAUAUUAAUUGAACGUAGUUUACUGCCAAGGAUUAUCUUGCAGAGAGCACACUAGCAAUAUCAUUAUGUGUUAGUGGUCAAAGAACUAAGGACUGAAAGUUGGCUUUCUUUUAAGCAGGCAGCUUGGAUUGGGGGUUAUUCCAUGGCUUUAUGCAAUCUAAGGAGUCAUUUGUGAUGGCACUAUUUCACAGCACCAAUAAACACAGCUUACGACUGGGGGGGGGCAGGGGUUGCAUCAAACCAGCUUUGUGACAUUACAAGCAGUCCUGUGAGACACCUGUCAAACCCUCCAGUGUUAGUUGGGCAGCAGAGAUCUUGACUUAAUUUUCCUAGCUAUUCCUUUAUCCUACACUGUCUUAAGUAAAAUUAAUUGAAGGAUCCUUCCCCAAAGUAAAACCAGAACAGGGUAUACUGUAUAUAAUGUGAUUCUGUGAAAUCAUAGAAACAUGGAAAAUGUAAUCCUGAUCACAGAUUUUAAUUGAUGAGAACCUCAGCUCCCAGGUACUUCAAAGCUUCUAAUUCCUAGAAUUACAGGAAGGAGAGUGCCUGAUCAGGAUUUCUUACAACCAGAUGGGAUUUAAUAUUUCUCAUCUUUUCCAAUUAGCACACAGAAAAACAAAGUAUGCAAAACUUAUUCAGGUAUGCAUAAUUUCUACAGAUUACAGGAAUCAAUUUUAUGUGUGACUGAGUUUGGGUUGUUUGGUCACACAUUGUUCCACUUGGCUUUGUAGCAGCACCAAUUGAAUGGUGGUGCUAGCAUACCACAACAGUAUGCAACCACACUACUUUCUCCCUGCUGCUUCCAGCACCUUCUAGAGUUGCAGGGUUCUCUGGUUCUUCUCUCAUCUUCCCAAACAUGCCACCACUCCAUUUAUCCAAACAAAUUACAUGUGCCUGGCCUAGUGCAAACGUACUUGCUUAUUUUUUUAAUGUUCAAGACCACCUACUACCGGGAAGCCUACAUUUCAUUGUAAGAUAGAUGGAAAUGAAAAGUCAGAAAAAUAAGAAAAUGUGUGAUGACAUAGUUCUGAUAAUAAUAUUUCUCAUGCUGGUAUAACGUAUUUUCAUGACCAGAGUACAUCUUAUCACUACCUGUAAUAAUACCUCCAUUAUCCUUAAUGUUUUACUUUGCAGCUCUGUACAGAAUUUUCACAAUCUCAUUCUGUCUAUAAUAGGAAUUUGUAUUGUUUUAUUCCAGCCAUAUUUUCAGAAUGCUCUUGAUUUCAUUAAGUAUGGGACAACUACAGCAUUUUGCUUAUUAUAUGUUAUAUAAUUUAUUUUAAUUGUUGCAUUGUUUAUUUUUGUUUCAUUUUGCUAAUUUUUAUAUAUAUUUUAAUAUUACUUUAGAUCCUCUUUAAUUUGGGCUGGGUAGCCCAAUUAAUGCUGUGAAAUAUUGUUUAUGUUUUGUGGAUUUAAAAAUUUUAAUAUUUUGUUUUUGUUUGAUAAUUCUAGCAAUGCUAUUUUAUUUAUUAUUUUACCUUUAGCCAAGAAACACUUCUGUUCUUGUAGCUCUUUAUUUUUCUUGGAACAGUGUAGAUGGAAACUCUAUGGGUUGGGUUCCAAGUCUUUUUAAAAAAACCUGGUAUGAUUGUGGAAUGAAAAGCUUGGGAAAAAUGUAUUUUUGAAAGAAGCAGGAAAGCUGAAUUCCUAAUUGUGAAUGCUGCUUUUGGGAAAUGCAGCAGUGGGAAAACAUUGUCCUAAUACCCAUUAAACAGAAAUAACUACAUGUUAUGUAAUAUAUUUCCUGAAUGUUAUUCUCUCAUACCUCAUCCCCUUUCUUAGCCCAACGGUUGCUAUUUCUAAUACAAUUCUAUAAUCAUCCACUAAUGUGAUAUAGUCCUAACCAUAUGUUCAUCCACAUUGGAUAACCCAGGCCGAUAGUACUAACAGAAGGUUAAAAUGUAAGAGUUUAUUGGACAAAGCUGUUACUCUGCAACACUGUAAGCAUAAUUAUUGCCUUUUACUUAUCCAAGUUGGCUACCUUGAAAAUAUCUGGGUUUCUUAGCAGUGACCAUGCUGGCUGGGGAAUUCUGGAGAAAUUCAUCUGGAGAGUUCCUUAAUAUGGAAAAAUUGACUUAGAUUAUUUAUUCUGAGUGGGUGCCAAGCUAUUGCAAUCAGCUCUGCCAAAUAACAAUGUAAUAUUCCAUUUACUAUUGCUUCAAGAUGAAUUAAUUUUAUGAACUCCCUCCCCCCAAUUUUCUGUUUUUAAGCAAAAUUUAAAGGAUUUACCCAGCAGAAAUACAUAUGUUUAAUUUUCUUCUUGCCAAAAAAUAAAGAAGAAGAAGAAAAGAAAAUGUGAACAAUAAGACAAAAAACUGACUAGAUCAUGGAGGUUGUCAGUCUGUUUUCAGCUGAACUUCUGUGAGGAUUAUUUUUAGUUCAUUCUCAAUAAACAAUAUUAAAUAUAUAUUUAAAUGUGCAAAAGGGAAAUUAAUUUGCUGUCUCCAGAAAGUGAAAACAUAGCAGAUGUGUACAUCAAUAGGUCUGUUGAAGCAAUUGUCUGAAAUCAGCAUGCCAGAUAAUAAUGUAUGCCAUAUCAGAAAUCAAUUCUGUUGUGUGCAGUAGGACUUAUUCCCCAAAAACAUAUAGGAUUGCCACCUUAAUUGAGUUCAAAUUUGGCCUUGACACUCCUUCACACUUUAAGCACAUUAUUGAUCCUCUUGUAAUUAUUUUAGUAUAGCAUCAGAAAUCUAGUUUGAUCGGGAUUUUUCUGUGUGUAAACUUCCCUUUUUACUUUAUGCUUCCCAACUAUUGAAUUCUAAUUCGGCAAAUCUUGAUUUUUAUGGGAAUAUAUGUUCUCUUAUGCAGCCUUCCCUAUUUUACUGCAGUUCAAAUCAGUGGAUUACAAUUUCCAGCAUUGUCAGCCAGCAUGCUAAUUGCUAAGUUUGAUAAUUUAUAGUCCAAUAAUUCUUGUUUUGGGGGGAGUGGAAGUACCAGUUUGUAUAGCUUUUCUCAAAGGUCCCAUUUUGCAUCACUUUUCAAAGGUCUCAUUUUGCAUCAUUGAUUCUAGCAUUAGAACUCUUUUUAAUGUUCUGUUUUCUGGCAACUUGCUCCUGAGAGUUGAGGAAAAUUUCAGGAAUACUUCUGAAAGUACAGGGACAUGUAGUGGGCAUGACAUUGGCAUUUGCCCUGCAUAUGAGUUGAUGUGCCUUUUAGAUCCAAGCCUAUAUUUUCUUUUUAAGUUUCUGAAUAAAGCUAUAGUAGUAGGCUAUACAGUUCAUAAACAAUUGUUUUUGAACAAGCAGGCAUAGGGUUUUGAAUGGCAAUCAGGACUGAAUUUGAAUGGCACUCAAUUCUGGAUUUCUGUUACUGUUGUUUUAGGAAGCUCCUCUAGACUAAACUAAAUGGAACUAAUAGUUGUGUUAGUCACAGCCCUACAUAGUAUAGUGACAGUCAAUCUGAAGUACCAUAAAUACUGUUAUUGUGCUCUGUUACUCAGCACAGGUUACUAGAGGCAUGGUUCAAUAUCAAUUAAAUUAAUAAUUCAAUAUUAAUUAAUGAAACAAAAGUAGAGUGCUAUAUGCAUUCCAGAAAAUUUUAUCAUUGGUAACAUUCCCCUCAUUGUGCUGUUAUGAUAGUACUUUCCCACUGAAUAAAAUUUAGUGACAGCAGUUUAGUUGAGGUCACAUUCAAACUUAAAACAGAUCUUUUGCAUGCCUUUACAUUUUCCUAUGGUGGGUCUAAUUUCUGCAACUACGACAUUUUUAAUUAAUCUUAAUUCUUCAUAAUUUGUGUUUGACUUCACAUACAGUAGUGAAUGAAUCCAAAUGUGUAUACAAAUAUAUUUAGCUGUCUUCAAUAGAUUAAGCGGUUUAGGAACCUUGCAAUACAGAACUAAGAAGCUGUUGGUGUUAAGGAAAACAUUCCAAGAACUUCCAGCUUUGCUACAAGGAGUUAAUUCUGCAUUUUCUACAUCAUGGGUCCUUUCUCCACUAGUAAGCAUCUUCUAGAAUCAUCCCAACAUUGAUGUACCAGGUUAACAAUAAUGAGGACAGAUUUUACAUCACUUGAGUGAUAAGUGAAUGAUGCUAUGAAAACAUUCUUAAGACACUCACUAGUGGAGCAAUGGCCAUAGCCUUUUUCUCCAUGCAUAAGUUCUAGCUCAGAGAUAAUAGAAUUUUUUUGUAGUCUAGAAAUAUUAGUAAUGGGGAAAUGUUAUAUUUAAGCUUACCAAAAAAAAUUGUAAGUGCUCCUUGAUAGUAGAAGAAACCACAAAAAUUGGUCUAAUUAUUUAUGUACAUUUGGAAACUGCAUUGCUUGCCUUGUUAAGGAUGUUUGCUUCAUUUUUUAAACAAAAAUAUUUGUUGUGAUCUUAUAAAAAUAACAAAAUAAGAAAGCAGCAUCAAAACCUUGAACAUUUGGGGGGGAAUUGUUUCUCUGCACUAAAUUAGUUUAGGAGCUCUAGUUGCCCAGAGCGGCUGUUCUAUUCAUACAAGGCUGGGCUGUAAUCACACCAGAAAAAGCACAGUUCUAAAAAUCCAGGAUGCUUUCACAUGAUGGUCUGCAGCCAUCUGAUUCUUCCAAACCAUGGAGAGAAAGUCUUGUCGUGGCUGAGAAGCACCUCACUCCUCUCUCUUGUUCUGAAUGGUCUUGUUUGUGUCAGUCUGCAGCUGUGUAUGGUUUUAUGUCUUAUAAUCCUUCAUCACCUCUAUCCUAUCAAGUCAUAUCUAAAGUAGAAAAUUAGUUUCCAGUGAAAGUAAUAUGUAGUGCUUUUAUGAUAUUUGUGUGCAAUAUCCCCUCUUCCAUUGAGGAUAUUUGAUGUAAAGGAAAUAAGCUCAG